AUGGCCUUUCAAUUAGGAGCUUCUUCCUCCUCUUCAUCUCCUUCCAUCUUUCUAUGGAAUCAUGAUGUAUUCUUGAGCUUUAGAGGUAAAGAUGUUCGCCAUAAUUUUAUUGCUCAUCUAAAUCAUGCUUUGUGUCGAAGUGGAAUCAAGACUUAUAUAGACAACAAUCUUGAAAGAGGAGAGGAAAUUUCACCGGCACUUUUCAAAGUUAUUGAAGAGUCACAGAUUUCGAUCAUUGUACUCUCUAAAAACUAUGCAGAAUCUAGAUGGUGCUUAGAUGAGCUAUUGAAGAUUCUUGAUUGCAAGGAAGGAAUGCAACAAAUUCUUCUACCAAUUUUUUAUCAUGUGGAUCCAACAGAAGUACGGCAUCAAAAAGGGAUUUUUGGGGAAUCCUUUAAUAAACUUGGAGAUAAGCUCAAGGAUAAUGCAAAGAUGGAGAAAUGGAAGGACGCUUUGGAAACAGUCGCCAAUUUGUCUGAUUUCCCAUUAGUGUGCUUCCGGGAUGAUGAAUCAGAAUUUAUCCAAAAAAUCAUUAUGUGGGUGAACCAAAAAAUAGAAAAGCGAAUGCCUUUAAGCGUUGCCAAGCAUCCAAUUGGGAUAGAAUCUCGUAUACGAGACAUUUAUCAGCGUUUAAGUAUCGAAAGGAAUGAUAUUAUACGCGUGGUAGGGAUAUUCGGAACCGGUGGAAUUGGUAAGACAACUAUUGCAAACGAUAUUUAUAAUCAGAUUUCUUCUCAAUUUGAAGGAAGCUGUUUCUUGAGAAAUAUUAGAGAAACUUCAAAACAAGGAGGAGGUCUGAUUCAGCUACAAAAUACACUUCUUUCAGAGAUCUUAGGAACAAAAUUGGAUAUUAAUGAUGUCCAUAGAGGAGUCAAUGUAAUUAGGGAUAGACUUCAAUCUAAAAAGAUUCUACUAAUUUUUGAUGAUGUGGAUAAAAUGGUCCAACUAGAAAAAUUAGUUGGAGAUCUUGCUUGGUUUGGUUCAGGAAGUAGAGUUAUCAUAACAACAAGAGAUCAACAUUUAUUGGAUAACUCUAAAGUUGAUUCAAAAUACAAGGUGAGGGCUUUGGAUGACACUGAAGCUCUUCAACUCUUUAGCUUGUAUGCUUUUGAGGAAAAGGAACCGUUGAAGGAUUAUGUGGACCUCUCUAAACAAGUAACAAACUAUGUUCAGGGCUUCCACUAG